CGUGGGAGCAUAUUCAUAUAGGGAGGCCUAUAAUUCGGACGAUUCGACCCGCUGGGCAACAUGAUUAGGAAGAUGACGCGGAGGAUUUUGAACCGGUAUUAGGUUCACAGCAUCGUCGUGGGAUGGAUCCUUUAGCAGUAAGCUGGCUUCGUGUAUAUCUUUCGAGGUCCCACUCCCCACAUACUCUCGUCUACUACAGAGACGCACUUGAUCGACAACGGGACGAGCAGGCUGAGCGCAUCCGAUCGGUGCUCAUACAAUGCAAUGACACGAUUCAAGGGGUCGCUACAUCGCCAGCUGAUGUGGGGUAUCGGCUAUGUUCUCAGACCCUUGGCUCCAUUAACGCGUCAUUGACCGAUGCAUUGAGUCAGGCGGGGUAUGAGUACCUCAUUCCGACUCCACCCAUCAUUGGCGAGGUAGAUGACACAUUCCACACUCCUUCUCCACGGAGUUCGGCCCACCGAGGUAGCUCUUCCGGAGGAUCAAGUACUCGGUGCACAAGAGGUCGCGAGCGUUCAUCUACUCGAGGUCGGUCUUCCAGAUCCCCAUCAACAUCCGGUGCUAUGUCGCCAUUCGUUCCUCCAGCUUCCAUGACCACUCCUCCUCCACAUCCAUCGUCUCCGCAAAGGAUCAUCACAUGUCAGCGUGCUAGUCAACGACGAGCUCUUGCUCUUAAUGUCAUUGCAGAGGUUGACAAGUAUACACCAUCAUCAUCCACUAGUGCGCACAACAAAAGGGGUCGGGGAUUACAGUUUAACAAACUUUGUAUCAACUUAUAUGAUUUGAACUUCUUGUAUCACUUUCCAUGAUUGUAAUAUAUCUUCGCAUUAUUUUCACGAUUAAUGUUUUC